AUGACUUGUGUUGUCCAAUUUCCUGGUGAGGAUAGUGAGUUUGUGGUCUCUUUUGUUUAUGCUGUUAACCACCAAACGGGGCAUCAGGAACUAUGGGAGGAGAUCUGUGCUUUAUCCCGUGAUCAUUCAGUUAAUUCAAGACCAUGGGUUCUACUUGGAGAUUUUAAUCAAACCUUGAACCCUGCAGAUCACUCUUCUGGAGGUACCAAAAUUAAAAAAGGAAUGGAGGAGUUCAGAGACUGUCUUGCUUAUGCGAAUCUCCAAGAUCUCACCAUUAGAGGGAAUCAGUUCACCUGGUGGAAUAAGCAAGAGACCAAUCCGAUCGCCAAAAAACUGGAUAGGGUCCUUGCAAAUGAUGAGUGGAGGAUCAUAUAUCCAUUCUCCUACUCUCAGUUCCCGGAGCCUGACUUUUCGGAUCAUAGCCCUUCCAUCAUUGAUCUUGGAAGAAGACAACAGGGUCGACGACAUUUUAUGAUCUCCCAUUUUCUUCUCCACCAUGAAGACUUCCUUCCGAGGCUAUUGCAUUACUGGCAUGAUAUGGAUCCUCAUGGAACAGCUCAAUACUCGAUGAUGAAAAGGCUUAAAGGACUAAAAGGAGUUAUUCGGAUCUAA